GGAUAUUGCAGGAGAUGUGGGUAGUGUGUACUUUGGGCCUAACCAUCCGAUGAAGCCACAUCGGCUUUGUAUGACGCACCAUCUCGUUCUAUCAUAUGAGCUUCACAAGAAGAUGGAAAUCUAUCGUCCCCACAAGGCGUAUCCUGUGGAGCUAGCGCAGUUCCAUUCAGCUGAUUAUGUUGAAUUCUUACACCGAAUUACUCCCGACACUCAACAUUUGUUCUCACACGAAUUAGCUAAAUAUAAUCUUGGAGAAGAUUGCCCUGUCUUUGAAAACUUGUUCGAAUUUUGUCAAAUUUAUGCCGGUGGGACGAUAGAUGCUGCACGGAGAUUAAACAAUCAACUCUGUGACAUUGCCAUCAAUUGGGCUGGGGGGUUACACCAUGCCAAAAAGUGUGAAGCAUCUGGUUUCUGUUACAUUAAUGACUUGGUCUUGGGGAUCCUGGAGCUUUUGAAAUACCAUGCCCGUGUGUUGUAUAUUGAUAUAGAUGUGCAUCAUGGUGAUGGUGUAGAAGAAGCUUUUUAUUUCACUGACAGGGUAAUGACUGUUAGUUUUCACAAGUUUGGGGAUAUGUUCUUUCCUGGGACUGGGGAUGUUAAGGAAAUAGGAGAAAGAGAAGGCAAGUUUUAUGCUAUAAAUGUCCCACUCAAGGAUGGAAUUGAUGACACUAGCUUCACUCGGCUUUUCAAGACGAUUAUCUCCAAGGUUGUUGAAACAUAUGUUCCAGGUGCCAUAGUUCUUCAAUGUGGAGCAGAUUCUCUUGCUAGGGAUCGCUUAGGCUGUUUCAAUCUCUCCAUCGAUGGGCAUGCUGAAUGUGUUCGGUUUGUGAAGAAAUUCAAUUUGCCCUUGCUGGUUACUGGAGGUGGGGGAUACACGAAAGAAAAUGUUGCUCGGUGUUGGACUGUUGAAACAGGAGUACUUUUGGAUACAGAGCUUCCCAAUGAGAUCCCGGACAAUGAAUACAUCAAGUAUUUUGCCCCUGAAAAUUCAUUGAGGAUUCCGAAUGGACAUAUAGAGAAUCUGAAUAGCAAAUCAUAUCUUAGCACAAUAAAAAUGCAAGUGCUGGAAAAUCUUCGAUGCAUCCAACAUGCUCCGAGUGUACAGAUGCAAGAGGUUCCACCUGACUUCUAUAUUCCUGAUUUUGAUGAGGAUGAGCAGAACCCUGAUGAACGAAUAGAUCAGCACUCUCAAGACAAGCAAAUCCAACGUGAUGAUGAAUAUUAUGAAGGAGAGAAUGAUAAUGAUCACAUGGAAGUUGGGUAAAGUGGAGCAAUAUUUAAUUUUGUUCUCUUGUUUUGGUCAAUAUUAGCGAAAUUGGCUCAGUAUUGGAGGGAAUGAUGUAAUUAAAUUCCAAACUGUGGCCAAAACAUGCUGAAGUGAAGGAUUAUCACAUGUAUUUGUUCAUAUUGUCUUCGGCUCCAUUGUCUUGUUUUUACAGAGUCAAAACUUCAGUGAUAACACUGAUACUGCUUAAAUAAUUUUAGUGGUUUUUAGUUUUA